UGCUACUGUAACUGCUUCAGACGCUGUUGUCGCUGUUUCUGUUGCUGCUAUAGUUGUUCACAGCCUUGAAAGAUCGAAUUUUCUCUCUACUAGGGUCCGGGUUUGAUUUCAAUUUCUAGGUAAAUUUGGAUUCAUGGAUUUAACCCACUCGCAAUCGAACCUCUGCCUGGGGUUUCUCUCUCACACAUCCACCACAUCCAAUCGCUCCCAAAUUAUCGACGAUUCAAUCUCUUUCCAAAUCGAUUCAAGCCAUGGCAAUCCUCAGCACCCAGUACCGUCGAUUCCACUUCAGCUGAUGGAACAACAAACUGAAAAUUCGAAGGAAGAGAAAGAAAUUGAGGAGAGAGGAAGCGGGGAUGAUGAGAAAGAGGAGUUUCGACUUUUGGGACAUUCAAUGUGUUUGAAGAGACGAAGAGACUCCGAUUCAUCGUCUUCUUCUUCGUCUUCGAAGCGAGACCGAUCAUCGAUCGAUUCGGGUCUUGAGGCUCGGCGAAUAGCGGUUAGGGCUUGGGGGAAUCAAUCGCUUCGAGUGGCUGACUCGGAUGUGUUUGAGAUAAUGGAGAAGGAGAAGCAGAGGCAGAACAAAGGGAUUGAAUUGAUAGCUUCGGAGAAUUUUGUAUGUAAGGCAGUAAUGGAGGCUUUAGGGAGCCAUUUGACGAAUAAGUACUCGGAGGGAAUGCCUGGUGCGAGGUAUUAUGGUGGUAACCAAUUCAUUGAUGAGAUUGAAAUUCUUUGUUGUGAACGUGCUUUGGCCGCUUUUGGUCUUGAUUCAGAGAAUUGGGGUGUGAAUGUGCAGCCAUAUUCAUGCACAUCAGCAAAUUUUGCGGUUUAUACUGGUUUAUUAUUACCAGGGGAUAGGAUUAUGGGGCUGGAUACACCUUCUGGUGGAAAUACUAGUCAUGGCUAUUAUACUCCAAAUGGAAGGAAAGUGUCUGGGGCUUCAAUUUUCUUUGAGAGUUUGCCUUAUAAGGUGAAUCCUCAAACUGGGCAUAUAGACUAUGACAAGCUCGAGGAGAGGGCACUCGAUUUUCGUCCCAAGAUACUUAUUUGUGGUGGUAGUUCGUAUCCCCGUGAGUGGGAAUAUGCAAGGUUUAGGCAGAUUGUGGAUAAGUGUGGUGCGGUGUUAAUGUGUGACAUGGCUCAGAUAAGUGGUCUUGUUGCUGCUAAGGUCAAAAUCUUUCUACUACUUUUAUAGUUUUGGAUUGAUGUUUGUGUUUCAUAUUUGUGAUCCUUGGUUUGAUUGAAAAAUUU